AGUGUAUAUAAAGGCUCAAACCAAGGUAGAGUAACCAAUAAAUCUUUGCAGUCGACAAUAACUGAUAAAGACAGCAAUUCAAAAAUCUGCAACUAUACUGAAGAUGGCCUAUCACCAUGGAAGCACUAUCUUGUUGGCUGCAAUUCUUUUUGUAAGGAUGCUUGUCCUUCAUGCAGCUCCAGUAACUACUCAGCCGCCCCCAAGCAGCACUCACGAGGUACAUGUACCACAGCUUCUAAUGGAUAUAUAUGAGUGUUGGAGCAAUGGAGGAGAGCAAUGUCUCAACAUGUCUGCAAACCCUGACAUCAAUGUUGUGAGGAGCUUGAUUGGACAAUAUGAAGAGAAUCCCUUGCAAGUAGUACAGAGCUACGAUCAGAAUGCAGAACCGAUGCACAGUGUUUCAUUCUCGUUCAACUCCUCGGCUUUCUUGCACGAUGUUGUGUAUACGUCAUUUGUUCGCAUCCAUAGAAAAGCAAUAUCUCAAACACAACUUGACUUGCUCGACUGUGACCAAUCUAAUCUGAAGAUUCAGCUCUAUUCAUCUCAAUCUGGACUUGAUGACGACAAAGAAGAUAAAGACAUUGUCAUACUCGAAAAUAGUCUUGAUUUUUUCUCUUCCAAUCUGGUCAAUGACGAAUGGCUCAAUUUCAAAAAUGUCACAAGCUUGAUACAGGCUGCAAGAUCCAGAAAUAAUAUGAUGAAGCUACAUCUAGCAAUGGGGGGUGACUGUUCUGGAAUCUCACCGACUAAGUUUGGGAUAUCUCUCGAUCAUAAUCCAGAGCUCAGUGGAUACUGCAAGAGUGAAACAGGGAAUAACGUCUUUCCAGCACUAAUGAACGAGUAUAAAAGAAGGAAGAGGCAGGCAACACUAGAUGGUGGAAGCGGGGAUGCACCAAAAGAUGUGGAAACUCGAAAACCAUCUACUAUUCAUGAGAUCAAUGUAGCAAAGUGUCAGCUCCAUGACUUCAAUGUUUCAUUUGCUGAUAUUGGAUGGGAUAGAUACAUCGUUAGGCCUGCUUGGUACAAUGCAAGAUUGUGUGGUGGGAGAUGCGAUUGGCCACUUGAUCAAGAACACAACACUACCAGGCACUCGUACAUACAAAGCAUUGUGAACAUCAGGAAUCCUGAUCAAGUACCUCCGCCCUGCUGUGCCCCCAGACCCGGGACCCUCGGUAGACUGAACGUUGUUAUCAGAGAAGCAGACGAUAGCUUUGUCGCACGAUGGUGGGAUGACAUGAUUGCUAAAACAUGUGCGUGCUUGUAAAGAUUGUAAACCUCAAUAAAUAAUAGGUAAUAAUUAUGAUUAACGUUCUGUUUGGCAACAGGAACACUUAGUAUAAUACACUUUGUGCUCAUUUUUACCCAUUGCAUCACCCAACAAGGUGUAUAAGAUUUUAGUUACAGUCAUGUAACCUGUUCAUUUCCAACCUCACUCCCAACAACAUGUCUAUUUUUGAAUCAGUUUUUUAAUGUCGGUUUUAUUUAAAAAAAUAAUUAUCACUUCGUCAUAAUUUAAUUUCAUGUUGUAUCAUGGUACAUUAUGUGUUUGUUAAUGAUUCAAUAUACAAUAAUCACCAUACUUGCUGAAAAUAAAAUAUUUAUACGAAAAGGA